CUGGACAGAAAUAAAAAAAAACAAAUCCGUUCCGUUUGUGAAAAAAACAUUUCCCUGGAAAAAUAAAAGGCUCUGCUUGCGUUUCACACAGUGUCAGCACAUUCCAAUCGCAAUCCGAGACUCUCCAGCACGGAAACGCAAAGUAUUUCGCAUCAACGACCGAUUAAAGCUCUGCAAUAUGUCGUCCGAGGAGCUGGCGCCAAUUAACGAACAGGACUUUAAGGAUCUCAAGGAGCGCAUGAAAUUGAUUGUGGAGGCCGAUCCAAAGCAAUAUCAUAACGACUUUUCGCUACGACGCUAUCUGCGCGCCUUCAAGACCACAGAUGACGCAUUUCAGGCCAUUCUGAAGACCAACAAAUGGCGAGAAACCUACGGCGUGGAGAAGCUCGGCGAGAUGGACCGCAGCCAGCUGGACAAGAAGGCUCGUCUGCUGCGCCACCGCGACUGCAUCGGUCGUCCGGUGAUCUACAUUCCGGCCAAGAACCACAGCUCCGAGCGGGACAUCGAUGAGCUGACCCGCUUCAUUGUCUACAAUCUGGAGGAGGCGUGCAAGAAGUGCUUCGAGGAGGUCACCGACCGCCUGUGCAUCGUCUUCGAUCUGGCGGAGUUCAGCACCAGCUGCAUGGACUACCAGCUGGUGCAAAAUCUCAUCUGGCUGCUGGGCAAGCAUUUUCCAGAACGCCUGGGCGUCUGUCUGAUCAUCAAUUCCCCGGGAUUGUUCUCCACCAUCUGGCCGGCCAUUCGGGUGCUUUUGGACGAUAAUACCGCCAAGAAGGUGAAGUUUGUGGGCGAUGAGGUCGAGCUGUGCCAGUACCUCAUCCCGGACAUCCUGCCAACGGACAUGUAAAGGCAAUCCGCCUCGAAAGGAGCAACUUUUCUUUAGGCGUAGUCAUCAUAUCUCCAAAGAGAAACCAGAAAACAGAAAACCAGUACCUAAGUUUGCAAAGGAGGAGGCUUCUGAGAGCUUUUAUCAUCCAGUACAGUACUCUAUCUGUAAAUCGAUGUGUGUUUAACAAGUUGAUUGUAAAAUGUAUUUUAUUGGACACAACUAUUAGUACAAUGCUAACUAUUUUAGAUAAAGGUUUAUCUUGUAUGUGUAGUAUCUAUAUACCUGAAUUCGUACCUAUAUAUACAUAUAUAUAUAUAUAUGCAAGUGUCUAUGUGUACAGCAAAUAAAGUUGUAAAAGAAA